AUGGGCGGCGAGACCGGUGGCGGUGCUGGUGGUGGUGGUGGUGGCGGUGGCGGCGAGAGAGCAAAGGCGGAGGAGGAUUGGAGGGACUGCAUCGAGUGCAAAAUCGUCGGCACGCUAUCCCUCACCCUCGCAGGUGGAUAUUUGCUCUACAGCAGGCGCCAGGUGCCAACCUCCUCUGUCAAGCUCCGCAAGUUCAUGAAGGGCUUCGCUUUCACAUUGUUUGGCCUGGCAGCCGCCCGCGCUGCGGUUUAG